AUGGACCUGUUCUCCGCCGCCUGCGAGAACUUCGGUCUGGUCAUUAACACACAGAAGACGGUGGUGAUGCACCAACCGCCACCCAACUCAGCCACAGCCACCAACGCGCCGCCGCAAAUCAGCGUGAACGGAACCCAACUGCAAAUGGUGGAGAACUUCCCGUACCUGGGCCGUACUCUCUCCCGCAACACCAAGAUCGACGACGAAGUCGCCAACAGGAUCUCGAAAGCCAGUCAAGCCUUCGGCCGCCUCCAAAGCACAGUUCGGAAUCGCCACGGUCUUCAGCUGAGCACGAAGCUGAAGAUGUACAAGUCCGUCAUCCUGCCGACACUACUGUAUGGAGCGGAGACUUGGACGGUGUACGCAAAGCAGGCACGCCGUCUGAACCACUUCCCCCUUAGUUGUCUUCGCCGCAUCCUGAGGCUGAACUGGCAGGAUCGCAUCCCCGACACUGAUGUGCUGGAACGGACGGGAAUCCUGAGCAUCUACUCCAUGCUGAGACAAAUGCAGCUGCGCUAG